CUACUUCUUGAUUAAUCAAUCAUUUGUUCAUUUGGAAACUUGGUUUUCAGAAAACAUGGUUACGAAUAAUGCUUUCCCUGCUGUCGAAAAAUGUGCAUCCAUAGGCCGAGAGAAGCACACGGUGGUGGCUGACAUGGAUGGCACCCUGCUUAUAGGCCGUAGCUCUUUCCCUUAUUUCGCUUUGGUUGCCUUCGAAGCUGGUGGAGUCUUGAGGCUCCUUUUCUUGCUCUUAGCUUCACCACUCGCUGGACUUCUUUAUUACUUUGUGUCCGAAUCGGCCGGCAUCCAAGUUCUUAUUUUCACAACAUUCGCGGGGAUGAAAGUGCGCGACAUCGAAUCAGUGGCACGAGCAGUGCUGCCCAAGUUCUACUCUAGUGAUCUCCACCCCGAGUCGUGGAGAGUCUUCGCCUCGUGUGCAAAACGUUGCGUCCUUACGGCGAAUCCUAGGAUUAUGGUGGAAGCUUUCCUAAAAGAUUUCUUAGAAGCUGAUAUGGUUUUAGGCACAGAGAUUGGAACAUACAACGGUAGAGCUACAGGGCUUGUUUGUAACCCUGGGGUACUUGUUGGGAAUAACAAGGCAGAUGCUCUUCAAAAGGCUUUCAGCGAGACAAAGCCCGAUAUUGGACUUGGAGAUAGGCAAACUGAUAUUCCUUUCAUGGCAUUGUGCAAGGAAGGUUAUUUUGUGACAUCAAAUCCAUCAACAAAGGCAGUUGCAAGCGAGAAACUCCCGAAACCUAUAAUUUUUCAUGAUGGGCGGCUUGUUCAAAAGCCAACGCCUCUAAUGGCUCUUCUUAUAAUUCUCUGGACCCCCAUAGGGUUCCUCCUGGCCUGCUUGCGCAUUGCAGCCGGCUCACUCCUCCCAAUGCCCAUGGUCUACUAUGCUUUCUUGGCACUCGGAGUUCGAGUCACCGUGAAGGGAACUCCACCUCCACCAGUACAAAAAUCAACCGGUCAAUCUGGUGUCCUCUUCAUUUGCUCCCACAGAACCUUACUUGACCCAAUCUUUCUCUCUACUGCUCUAGGACGCCCUAUUGCCGCGGUGACCUACUCGAUCUCUCGUCUCUCUGAGAUCAUCUCGCCCAUCAAAACUGUUAAACUAAGCAGAGACCGAGCCACGGAUGCAUCCAUGAUUAAGAAGUUGCUUCAAGAAGGUGACCUUGCUAUCUGCCCCGAAGGAACCACCUGUCGUGAACCGUUCCUUCUUAGGUUUUCAGCUAUGUUUGCCGAAUUAACCGACGAGCUUGUGCCGGUUGCCAUGGUGAACCGUAUGAGCAUGUUUCAUGGGACCACAGCCAGGGGAUGGAAAGGGAUGGACCCAUUCUACUUCUUCAUGAACCCUAGUCCAUCAUACGAAGUAACAUUCUUAAACAAGCUGCCACCGGAGCUAACAUGCAGCUCAGGGAAGUCGAACCAUGAGGUUGCCAAUUACAUCCAAAGAGUUAUUGCUGCAACUCUUUCAUACGAGUGCACAAGUUUUACCAGGAAGGAUAAGUACCGGGCCCUAGCUGGGAACGAUGGGACUGUGGUUGAGAACCUAAGCCCACCCAACAAAGUGAUGGGAUGUUAAUUUUUUUAUUGCCCUUUCCACAUUUUACAUGUGAAUUGUGAUUGAUGUUUGGGAUAAAACUAUGAAUAGGCCAAAGUACUUGCUUUGAAAAAUGUAACAAUAAAAGUUU